CCGCUGCCGCGCCGGAACUUUUCGGGACCAUGGUGCAGCUUUACAAUCUUCACCCGUUCGGGUCGCAGCGAGUAGUGCCUUGCAAGCAAGAACCGGCGCACUUCUGCUGCGGCCAAGACGUGCUGUUCGUGGCCAGCACGGCGGCCAGCUGCAGGGUGGACGUGUUCACCGUGCGCGAACAGGGCCGCUGCGAGGCCCUGGGCUCCUUCGCCACACUGGGUCCGGUGCUGCGCAUGGCGCACAGCUCGGCAGGAGACUAUCUAGUGACAAUUGAAGAAAAAAGCAGAGCAACUUUCCUAAGAGCAUAUAUGAACUGGAGAUGCAUGUCUGCAGGGAGUUCUCGUGUGUGUGUCCGGAUGGUUGGUCACAAGAUGGAAGAGUCAUACAGUGAAGCCUUAAAAGAACAAAUGUCAGUUGUUGAAAUGCCACUUUCAGAUCCUCCACUGUGCAUUUCAUGUUGUCCUGUGAAUGGAGAUCUACUUGUGGGCUGCAAGAAUAAACUUGUCAUAUUCUGUUUGAAAUACCGUGUCAUAAACCAGAAUUUGACUGUGUUAGAUUUUGAACGCUCCUUAAUUUUGCACAUUGAUAACCUCAUUCCUGCUGAAGUUGCAUUUUGUGCCAGACAUAUAGCCAUAACAACAGAGCUGGAUGUUCUAAUCCUGAAACUGGAACUGGUCCAGCAAAGUGCAGACAGGACAGAGCAGUAUGCUCAGGGAGUCAGUGCACCAGAGAAGGCUGUGGAUGGAGGUGUGAAAGAUGAAAGUCCUUCAACACAUCCUUUACAGCUUGAAUUAGAUGAGUUCAUCAUAUGUCAGAAGCCAGUGGAACUGCUUGGGGAAGAAAGUAAGCUAUGUGAGAUACCUGUCACACUGGAAUCUACAGAGUUACCUACAGAAGACACAAAGCACUUCCAAGUGCAGUAUCUGCUUUUCAGACGUUUUGCACCUGGCCAGUCACCUUUUGGGUUUUGUGAAGAGACGAAGUUGCACUCUGUUCAACUGCUUCCUGUAUACCAGACAGGAAUUCCUGCAACAGCCUAUGAGGAAACUGAGAGCAAGAGAAAACUUCUGAGUCUCUUCUGCUUUUUCUCUUUACCUCAUGUUGGAUAUCUCUACUCUCUUGGGAAAUUAGUAGAACUAAUUUCUACCUACCAAUAUUCAGAAAAGUCAGAGCAGGCAGUCCUCACUCCACAGUUCCUACACGUCAUUACAAGUCAGAACCUGCAGUGCUUCACAGUGCGAUGCAGUGCAGCAGCAGCUCGUAGUGAGGAUCCAUAUAUUGACACGACUGUGAAGGCUUGUCCACCUGUCACACUGGAUGUCUGUACAUUAAGAAUGCAACUUUUUAUAGGACCAAGAGCUAUCUGUCAUUUCAAAAACCAUAUAAUUCUUUUGACUAAGGCAGACACAGAAGAUAUUACUGAAAGAAGAAAGCCUACAAGAAGGAUGCUUUCCAGAAAGGCUGACUGCAUCAAAUCCAGAACAAAUUCUGAGUCAGAGCCGGGUUGGAAUUUAUAUAUUAUAAACACUGUUUCAACAAUUCAGCUUUACAGAGAAAUGGUAGAAUAUAGUAGAACUUACGAAAAUGUUAAAACUGAGAGCUGCAUCCAUCUUUUAAGUGAGGCUCACUUACUGGUCAGAGCAGCUAUAAUGGACCCUCAUUUCCUUAAAUCAGAUGAGAAGGAAGAUCUUCUAAGAGCAUUCAGAGAAAGUUGUGCCUUCUUAGGAGACUGCUACAGCAGGUUUGACACAAAGGAUUACCACCUUGCUUUGCCAUACUACAGAAUGUCAGGUUUAUCCAUGACUGAAGUUUUAAAGAGACUAGUUUCAGAAGGUGAUGAAAUACAGACAUACGAGAGAGGAUUUAUAUUUUACUUAACUCAUUCUCUUAAUGAAGACUCAAAUGAAGAAUUAAGUAAGGAAUCAGGAAAUAAAGUUCUCCAGAUACUCUAUCUUGCGGACCCUGUGCAGCUUCCUGAUAUCCUUUGCAGUCCCAGCAUGAGAAACAUAUGUCCUUUGACAGCUGUGAAGUAUCUUCAGAAAAUAGAAAAGAUGAUGCCAUCAGUGGUCCUGACACUUACUAAGGCUUUCUUUGCUCUGAAAAUGGGAGACCUGGCAAUGUAUGAACAUGAAAUGCACUCCUAUAAGGAGACAACACUGGCUUGCGGCUUCAUUGGGCAACCACGGCUCCUGCAGCAGCGUAAGGAAGGAAUUGUUACACCAACUGAGUUUGCUGUUCACCUGAAGGAGAUGCAGCCUGGUUUGCUGGUGGCUGCCACUGUGGCUUUACAUGAGAACAGUAAAAUUGAACUAGAAGAAGCAGAUACCUUUUUCAAGAUGCUGUGUAAUAGCAGUGAAAACACUAUUCCCCAGCUGCUGGUGGAUUUCUGGGAAGCUCUUCUUGUAGUGUCCUCUCAGAAAAAAAUACUUCAGGAGCUCCUACUGAGGGUUACUUCUCAGUAUGUUUGGAGAAUAUCAAAGAAGCAACUUCCUGAGACUAAGCCAUUGAAAACAACAGAGGAUCUAAUAAAUUCCUGUAGUCAUUUUGGGUUGAUUGUUCCAUGGAUAGCUUCCAUAAUGUCAGUGGGAUGUUCAUCUGACAAAGAUUACCAUGAAGACAUCUCAAGACUACAGUCUCUUUUAUGCAGUCAGUCAAUCAGUAUAGCUUCAGUGCUGCCUGUUUUGGAGCCCCUGACAGAGGCGGACAGUGUUGGCCUCACUGUCCGUGUUCUCUGCAAUACCCGUCUGGGCAACCACGAGGAAGCCAUUGACCAGCUGCUCAGAAGGUGUCCUGAUGCAGCUGUGUUCUACGCUCAGCAUGAGCUGAAAGGUGACAGUCAGGCUCUGUGGUGGAACAAACUGCUUCCUGAACUUUGCAAGAGAACUAGACUUACUGGAAAUGACUGCCCCGUUCUUAUUUCAUCACUCAAAGAAACUUUAUCAAUUGUUGCAAUGGAACUGGAGCUAAGGGAUUUCCUCAGUCUUCUACCAGAAGAUGGAACAGCAGCAUUUUUUCUGCCACAUCUUCUUCACUGCAGCCAGAGGAAGCUGCUGACCUAAAACAAUGACCUGUGGACCUGCUGUCCACUCAACUACAGUGUGGUGUAAUAAAAAAGUAAAUGAAACAACCAGUAGAACUCCUUAUAAGGUACUGCGGGCCUCCCUUCACAUACAUCUUAUGUCAACUGCUGAAGGACAGCUGUUUCCUGAGGCAAAGCAUCUGUUUUGAAGCUAAUUCUGGUGCCAAAGCAGCUAGGAAAUACAGAUUCUACAGUACAACUGAACAUACAGUGUUCACUGAAAGUAAAGUAGAAAGUCAGUCUUAAAUCUUUGCUAGUUGGAUCAUGGACCUAGGGAGGAAUUCAGGCUCAGGCAUGUGUCAACUGUAUGAGUAAAAGUGAGUACCUUACUCUUCCAAGUGGAAUUGAGCCCAACUGACUUGAUAUUGCAACACAGAGAUUUCCUUGAAUUUCUUCUAGGGUUUUUGGUAAGCAUCUCAGGUGCUUAUGCAUGUGUGUACUGAUGUUUGUCUGUCUUGUGAGCAGAAAGCAUCUUUCUGCUCCUUUAGAGCUGGAAUUCAGUAAGCUGUCGCAAUGUUUGUAAUGUCGUUAUGAAUGUAGUUUGGAGUUUUUGACAAUUACCAAAAAUACAAUGACUCCCAUGAUACCAUAACCAUCUAAACCAUCUAAAGGCUAAUUAGCUGACAGUGACUCUAUAAAAAUGUUUUCACUGAAGUUGCAAUGUUAUUUAAACCUGUAGAAGUCAGUCAGGAGAGACCAUCUAUAUUUCAGCUAAAAUACAUUAACAAAAAAAAAAGAUAAAUCAAAAGUAGUAUAACUUACUCACAUAGCAUUCCUGCUACAGGUAAAAUGAAUUAUCUAAUUUGCUGAUAGGUAUUAUGCUGGUUUUAAUGUAACCAUUAAAAAAGACCUAAGCAAUUUAGGCUUGUUAAGGAGAAGCAAUUUCAUUCUUGCAGGCAUAAAGCCUAGAUAUCUUGCUUUCCUUUCCUGUCCCAUACAUCUUUCCUUCUCAUUUGGCACAAAUCUAACAUGAGGAGUUGGGUUAUUGAAAUGCAACCAUAUCUCUCUUACUGUUUUUAUUUUUGAGUAGCAUCAGCCAUGCUCUAACACUGCUGCUUCCACCUGUCAGGAAACACUUUCUUUUUCCCUUGCCAAGAACUGCAACAGCAAAAUGAUUCCACUGCAGGGUUCGUCAGAGCAAAGCUUUUCAGUACCAUAGUUAUUAAAUUUUGGCCUUCACUGUCUGCAUUUCAUCAGGCUUAUUUCAGCCUAAUUUUGGCUUGGAAUUAUUUUCAGAACAGAAAACCAAGUCUUUUAAAUGCACAUUCUUGAGAGUUACUACUGAAUAAAAUUAUAAAGUUAUUUAAUAGAAGUAAUAUAACUAUUUUGUUAACUGCUCAAUUAUACAAUACUAUAUAUCUUUUCAGAGUGAACCUAUGGAUAACGUGAUAACCAAAUUCCUGUUUUCUAAACAUUUACUACAAACAUACUAAUAAAAUGUGACAGUAUGAUGACUGAUAUCCCAAAUUUUGCUUUUACUCAGGGUUAUUUGCAAACUUUAAAAAAAAAGAACAUUUUAUUAGCUCUUCCAUGUUCCUCAUCUGCUAAAUAACAUGCAUUAGCCAUCACCUAGAAUAUGUUUCGCUUGCAAGAUACUGUUUUCAUUUACAGAAACAUAUAUUUAUAAGCUGUUACAUCCAUUCAGCUGUUUUAGUCUGUGGUUCUUUUCUUAGCCACGGCCAUUAUGCGAAAUCUUCCAAACUGUGUAGAGAUGAGUGGUCCAGAAGAAUAUUUUCCAAGAAAUUAAGGUAGACCUUGGAGUAUCACUGUGGUAAAAUGCUUUCAUCAUUCUUGAGUGCCUGGCAUGCCUUUACGCUUGAACUGAUGGAAUAAUCUUGGGAACAGAGACUACUUGUCUAGAAGGAGAAAAAUAGCUUUAUUGUACAUUUCAUCAGAAGAAUAGUCUGUGCAUGCGGCCAGCAGAGUCCAAAAUGAGCACAGAGGAUCCAAGUACUUUCUGGACAUUGUGAGUUAGAUUUAAAAACAACUUUAAGAUGCAAUGAAGGUUACAUUUUAAUGCAGUCUAGAUGGUUAAUAAUAAAAAAAUCUGAUGAAAGUCUGUUUUUACAUGUCUUUCUGUAUACCCUUAAAUUAGCCUUGUUAUUGUCUGGACAUCUGGAAUAACAUACUCUGUAAAUCAGUUUUAGUGUUUAUAAAAUUGAAUUAGGUUCUGUUUCAUAUUCCAGUUGUUUAUCAAAUAGAAUUAGAUUUUCUGUUUAACAUUGCAUUCUGUAUUUUUUUAGUAUAGCUAAAAUGUAAAUCACAUGGUUGUAUAUAUAUACAUACAUCACAUAUUUUGAAUUAUUUCUACUGUUCUCUUUCUCUCAAUACCUGUUAUGCUCUGUCUUUUGAGUACUGAAAAAUGUUGGUUUUAAAAUUGAAUUAACUUUUUAGAAACAAUAACUUUUCUUCAAAAUUCAAGUUUUUUCACUGGUGAUAUUGCCAGAGCAAGGUGAUAGUGUCCGUAAAGCUACAACAUGCCCUUGAGAAAGUAAACACUAUUUUAGUUUUUCAGUACUUCAGCUGUAUGGGGAUGAUGAAUUCAGCUGUAUUUAUCAGUGCUGCUUGUUUUAACAAAGAUUGAGAUGAAGUCUGUCACUACUGGGUACAGAAAUACUCUGUCUCAUGAAGAAUUCUUUUUAAAUAAAAAAAAUCUGUCAUGUAGAUUUCAUGGAUGGUAAGUUGAAGUAAUAGUCAGUUAUCAUCAUCCACUCCUUUAACUACUUCAUUUUCCUGAGCAGCACUGAAGGAAGUAUGACCAGGUUGCCUGCAACAUCUUGGCUCCUAGACAUGGAAUAUUGCUGGGUGCCUGAAGUAGUUCUAAGUAUGCUGGCCUGUCUGUGAGCCCCAUUGUGCAUCUUAAAACAUAACAAACAUUACUAAGCUAGGUGCCUCUUACCUUCCUUUGGGAGUACAGUGUAGGUCGCUUCCAUGCCUGCGUGGAUGUGGUCAGUAACAUGACAGUGUAACAGCCAGGUUCCAGGGUUCUGUGGGGUCAUUUCCACAGUUUGAGAUGUCCCAGGGAACAGAUCAAAGACAUCUGCCCGGUAAACCCCUGUUUGCUUCAAGACAAAAAAAAGCAACAGUUAAACUGUGUUAAACACACGUUCUGUGUAUCAUUUCUACUGAAACAUCACUUUGUACAUCCACUUCAUGCUCCAACGUUUAAUAAACUAGCAACUAAGUGGAAAUGGAGGAAAACUAUAGGUUUUGUCUUACCACAGCCAUGAAAAAUUCACAACUAUCUUGUUGAAAUAAUGUCUGAGGUUACCAGUGAGCGAAUGCUACUGGCAGAUAUUCUCUGGCUCUUGUAUGUUGAUCAAAUACAGGUUUGAGGCAUAAAACCCUUAUGGUCAAAGUACAAGCCCUGCUUAAUAUUGCAAGAUGACUUUUCACCACAGAUAACAGUCCCUGAUAUUUGACUUACCUCUCAUUCUUAACACAGCAAGAAAAAGACCUGAUACCUUGUAGUCAAAGCUGUGGCCAUGGAAGUGUACUGUGUGAAUGUCUAUCUCAUUGCCCAUUCCCAUCAGAUACCAGCUGACAUUAUCUCCAACGUGCAUGGUCAGGCCAUGCAAAUUUCCAAACACCUUUCCAUUAAUGGCUAAAAAGAAGGAAAGUAAGACAGAAAAAACAAAUAAGAUUUUGUGUAUCGUGUAUUGUUAUCUCUAAUAUAAUACAGAUUGAAAGAUUUAAAAGCCAAUGCCAAACAAAAGUAAUGGUUGGUUUUGGAUGGUACAUGAUGAAUGGUUGUGUUUAUGUUCCACAUUAAACUAGAAAGAAAGACAUAAUAAAGAAAAUGUCUUUGCUGUA